AUGCCAAGGAAGAAGAAGCCCACAGAGGGCCUGGAGUCUCGAGGUCAGGAUGGGGAGGAAGAGGAGGAAGACAAGAGGAAUUCAGGCAAUGCCAGGAAGAAACGCAGUUUUGUGGAUGCAUUUAUUGUUAUAUCCGACAGCGAUGGAGAGGUCAGUGAGGGAGAAGAGCUGGGGAUUUACAGAAAGAGAACAAAACAGCAGCUGGAUAAAACGAACUUUGCUGCUAAGAGAAAAAUCACACAGAUGACUGAAGAGGAACAAUUUGCACUGGCCCUGAAAAUGAGUGAGCAAGAAGCCAGACAAGUGAACUGUCAGGAAGAGGAAGAGGAGGAGCUCUUGAGGAAGGCCAUUGCUGAGAGCCUUAACAGCUGUCAGCCCUCAGACUCCUCUGAUGCAACUCCUCAGUUGUCACUGGAAGUGCUCGGCAAGGGAGGCCAGAGCCAGCCUGCUGAGGAAGAAGGCUCUGAGAUCCUGGGAGGUCUGGCACUUUGCCCUGACACCCCUGGCUCUGAGUGCAGCUCCCACUCAGAGAGCUCCAGAGCUGAUGGGAACGGACAGAUGGAUGUCGCCCGGAGGCCCCUGGUAGUGUUGAGGAGGUUAAGCCAGGAAAUCGUUGAAAGCUCUCUAGUAUCCGGCAUAAUCGUGUCUCCGGGGAAGGGCCAGCCUGUGACAAGGUCAAGUGAAAAGCCUUCCUCACCCGGAAAAAGUGAUUCCAGUAACGUGUUACGCAGCACCCUGGGAGAGGACCUCACGUCUUUGAGUCCCACCUUUGGCAGGGUGGCUUCAGGCUCCUGGCGACUGACACCUCGCAGACUGUUCAUGAGCUCCUCCAGCUCUUCUGAAGCAACGGGCCACGAACCAAAAGAGCAGCUUCUGCCCUGCACUGGCCAUUCCGUGGGAGAAGCUAGCACUGGGAGCUCAGCCAUGCUCUGGAAGAGCAGGAUCACAGAAUGGUGUGACAGCCCCAGGAGGAGUGGUGGAGGAGCAGGUACCAAACACACCUCACAGCCCAGGCACACUGCCAAAGUCUCUGUUUCCACAGAGCAAGCAGAGCAGAACGAGGUGUCUGACAGUACCCCAGAUCUUUUCACACUGACUGCAGAGGAGAAGUACAAGCAGGAGGAGGCAAGAGACACAGUGCACUAUUACUGGGGCAUCCCCUUCUGCCCCAAAGGGGUGGACCCCAACCAGUACACCAAAGUCAUCUUGUGUCAGCUGGAGGUUUACCAGAAGAGCCUGAAGCAGGCUCAGAGGCAGCUAUUGCAUAAGAAGGAGUUUGGUAACCCGGUUGUCCCCAGUUCUUCCUUGAGCCAAAACGAGUUUGGGAAAGGAGAGGAGGUAAGCAGGGAGAACGGAGUUGCUGAUGGUACAGAAGAUGGAGACACAGAGGGGCAGGAGUCUGAAAGCAUCACCUGGUUCCAUCCUUCAAAGAGGAGGGAGGCAGAGAGUCCAGGGCACAGCAUGGAAGAAGAGAAGAACUCCACUUCUGAUGAUGAACCGACCACCAGCUACUGCCAGGCCUCCCAGGCUCUGCCUGCAGGGGAUAUGCGUGGAGAUGGGGACCCCAUGCAAAUUGCACAGAGCAUCUCUGCAAUGACCCCACUUGGCAGUAAAAGGAGCCCAGAUAUUGCCACAGAAGACUCUGCUGAAGAAGAGAUCUCUGUUUGUCCAGAGACACAGCCAAGCCCCCUGGAAGCUAGUGAGGAGGAGAGAGAAGAGAUCUGCUCAGACAGCAGAGAUGCACCUAUGCAGGUUGGUGGAGAUGAAGAUGUUGGCAGGACCAUGUCUGAGAGCAGUCCUGCAGCUGCUGCCUGUGUGUCCUGCCCACUGUGUGAUCACGGCUUUCCAGCCGCGGAGAUUGAGGUCCACGCUAUGUACUGCAACGGCGUCGUGGGAGCAGAGCCUGGUCAGGACACUCCAGUGCUCACCCAGUGUCGGAGAGAGGCAAGAAAUAAAGCUGCCAGUGGUGAAAGCAGCCCAUCAUCUUUAGACAUUGACAAGACAUCAGAAGGCAGGAGGGAGGACUCCUCAGGAUGCUGGAGCUCUCGGAGAGCAAGUCUGCAGGUGCUGAUGCGGGGACCACCCACACUGGAUUAGGAGACCAACAGUCCCCUUCUGCCCUCUCAGCUGGAGACGGGGAGUUGCCAGCAGACAGCCCCAUCUCCCUUCAGCACCUUUCUUUCCACAUCUCCCCUGCUAAACCCGGCGUCUCCUCUGAAGCCAUGGACGGUGUGGUGGAUUCAGAGCCGCGCGCGGCUCUCCGCGCAGGCAGCCAGCGGCAGAACAGAGGCUGCCGCCGGAGAAAGCACAAGUUCUGAGCCCAGUGAUGCAGCAGGGACCCCUGGCAGCUCCCCGUGCCCUGGCGAGGGUCUUCUUGGCACCGUACCUCUGCUUCACCUGCAGCCUUUGUCUCCCAGCCCCUUUUCUAUGUUUUAUACGACCUCUGCGGGGAGCGCCGGGUGGAGAAGCGACUGUGUGUUUUAUAGGUGCCUGUGCAGCUUCGCUCUCUGUUACAGAAAUGGAAAUAUAUUUAUGUAUGUUUUUAUGAAACUGCA